ACCAAGUAUUGUCGCUCUAGUUGGACGAGAAUGUUUCAGAGACAAUUUCUGCUUAAACUCGUGGAAAACAUCGUUGGUAAGCCUUGAGAAGCGGAUAUUAAAUGACUUUUGAUGCGCCCCAGACUCGCGUCCUCGCCAGGUGGACUGUGAAGAGACAGAAGAGGAAUGUUUAUCCGAAAAUUAUUGCCGCUGAAUUUGGGUUUUUUGACAUUUUUGUUUAGUCACUGCUUUCUCUCAUUGUUUCUGCCGUUAUUGCAGUUUGCAAGAGGGGAGCUCCAGAAAUCAUGCUCCCGAACCACAGUGGCACCGCUGGAAGGGAGCUGCCAGCUGCCAUGCCAGUGUAGGCCAUACCCACCGUUACCACCUCCACCCCCUCCUCCACCGCCCCCGAGGCUCUUGGCUCCAACUGUGGCUCCCUCCACUGUAUCUCCCAUGACACCAUGGAGGAGAGAAAUGGAGAUCUUAGUACUGGGGACUGUAAUCUGUGCAUCUGUGGUCUUCCUCCUCCUGACUGCCAUCAUCUGCUACAAGGCCAUCAAGAGGAAACCCCUUCGAAAAGAAGAGAACGGCACGAGCCGAGGGGAGUAUGCCAUGAGCUCACGCUGUAAACAGCAGGUAGUGGAAACCAACAACACUGGAGUAUAGAGGCCAACAUGCAGCAAGGCAAGCUACCCUACAGCACCACCGGCUCUCUGUUUGGGUUCACGAGAUGGACGCAAGGUAUAUACGAAUUUAGAAACUGUAAACUGCACGGCUGCCCUCCUUGGGACAUUAAAUGGUGUUUAGAGAAAAGAAUCAAAGCAAAUAAGUGACGUGUAUAGGCAAGCAUAUGUAGGAUUUGAGGAGACGACACUUAGCGAUGCAGGCAGCUGCACGAGUUUCACAAGACUCAACCUGGUGGCCCUCAGGGGCCCCUUUGAGUAUAAUAUACAACACCAACAACAAAAUAGACGCAUGCACUUUCUGUUGAAUGCAAUGAUGUUUUGAAAUUCCUGUCUUCUCUUGUCUUUAACUCGGUCUCUGCAGUGUUCCUCAUUAAACAUUAAGGGUUCUCUCGUCUCAUGUAGAUUGUGUGAGUGUUAAAUAACCACAUCAACCCCUUAUGUUUUGAUACGGAUUCCAAGUGGAUUGGUUGAUUCUUCAUUUUGUGUACCAAAUAUACAGUAGAGAACGAGAAGUGCUUUUCUGAAAAGCACCCAUAGAUUUCUUGCAGUUUGUGUUACUAUGCAAUUGGAAAGAAUUGAGUUCUUGAGGUGCAUGCUGAUUAUACAAAAACACAAUGCUAGCAUUUGCUUUGCUAAUAUUUAGAUGAUUGUAGAUGAGUUCCUUUUAUUGAUAUGGUGUAGAUUUUAAAGAUGCUAAAUGUGGCUUAUUGGGAAAGAGCUCCAGUUAUAAGUACAUGAAGAAAGAACAACGGAUAAUGGAUGAGUUUUAAGAAAAAGUUCAUUUUAAAAUGAGAAUUAUGUUGUUAGAGCUGAUAAAUAGCUUCUUUUAAAUUUGUAUUAUUAAGACAUUAAUCUGUAUUAUUUUGUUAAAAAUAAAUCAAUAAAAAAUGAAUCUGUUUUGUCUUAACAAUUUGAGUUAGCUGACCCUUGAAAAGAGCAAAGAUUAAAAUCACUGUCUUUCUCAUUUCAAUAUACUUUAAAAACUCUUCAUCUUUGAAACACGGAUUAUCAUCAUUUUAAUGAAACCUAAGAGGUUUCUGUCCCCUCAAUGAACGUCUUCUUAACCAUACCUGUAAAGAUCCAAAACGCAAUAACAAUGUAUUUGAUAAUACAGUAUAGACCAUUUCAAUGUGGUGAUGUCAUUGCCCUAUAAACAUUUCCUGCUUGUUGUCAAACUAUUUCUUUACCGUAACGAUGCAAUUUGAUCAUAUCUUAAAACAGCCUUUAUUAAUCAGUAUAUGGACCAUAUGGACCUUUUUGGAUUCUUGGAAGAUAUAGAAAUUAAAAGUGCAAUACAAGAAAUACGUUAGGACCAUUGAUAUGGUUUACACCUCUCAAAAUGGUCUAUAUAUUAUCAUUUGUAGGUUACAGUAGUGGCGGUUGUUAGCUAAACAUAAUGUGGCAGAGAAUAUCAUUGAACAUUUGAGAUUAUUGAAGAAUUACUAAACAUAACAGUUUGGCUCUUCAAACCCAUUUUAGAUUUAACUGAAAAUUAGGCUUUGACUGAAAAUGUUAAUUUGCCAGUAUUUUGGUGCACCUUUGACUGCUGGAUAUAAUAAACAAAUUUAGUUUGAUCUUUACAUGUUUCCUGAAGCAUUUUAUCAUUUAGUUUUUUUUUUUUUUUUUUUUUUUUGAAGAUAACUAAAGUCAAAUAUUAAGUGAAAUAUUUCAUUAAUUUAUUUUCCCCAUAAAGCUGCUCUGUUCCUCUUGAAGUUCAGACUGCAUGAUUUUAGCCCCGAUUUUGACUCAGAAAUCGAGAAAUCGGUGCUCGUUCACAUGAGUAGUUACAGUAUGUAUGUUAACAGAUAGGUCGCUGAUACCUGUCAGAUAUUUGGCAUGCUAAACAUCUGGAGCUGUCGGUGAUUUAAAUCAUGCUGUGUGGAAUGUAUUAACAUUCAUGUGUGAAAAUAACAUUGGCAAUCACCUACAACUAACAAGAGAGCAGCAUCCACUAGUAUAGGUAUCUGCUGGCCAGCUGAGGAUGGGGUAGAAGUUAAAAGCGCUCAUUUUCAGUUUAUUUGGACCCAAAAAAGGGAGGAAAAACUAGUGAAAAUUUGGCAGCAGCACUCAUUUCUGUUUGACAUGUCUGAGCAAUACCACAACUGAGUCAAAAAAAUAAAUAAAUAAAAAUAAAAAGAUGGAGAGAAACUGCUAAUUCCCAUUCAAAGCCUUAUUUGAUUAUUGAUUAUACAGAUUAUUUGAGAAUAAAUGCUAAAUAUAGACUGAGAAUAAGGUUAAAAUGUUUGGUCAUGAUAAUUGGACAAUUUCAAACUAUUAUAAUAAUCUAGAAGUUUGACAUUCAGUGUUACAUAAGGUAAUAAACUUUUAUGCCAAUAUUCAAUUUAUUACGAGAGAAAAAAACGGGAAAGCAAAUUAGAAAUGAUUGAAAAUUAAAAUGAUUUUAAAUUAAAAAAAAGUGUGCCUAUAUAUGAGUGUGCACACACAAACACAUAAAUAUAUACAUAUAAAUCUUUACAUCAGUCAAUAGAAAUCAGUCACUUUUUUAAAAUCGUACAUUUUCAUACGACUGAACUCGUACGAAUUAGCCACUAAACUAUAAAAACGUAAAAUACUUACGUUUAUUCGUGAGAUCAGGCUGGGUGUUUAGUUAAUUUUCGAUUAAUAUAUCUUAAAUUCAUUUUUUUUGCAGACAAGAGCUUGUAUUUAGAAAUCAGUGAUGCAAUCAAUGUUCCUGCAUAGUAACACGGAACUAUGAACCAUAAUAAACAAGUGAGCAAUGAUGAUUACAUCAUUUACAGGCCUGUGUAAACAGAAAUCCCACUUCAUGUCCCACUAAAACAUUCCCACAAUCUACUGUACAGUCUUUCACCCGUCCAACAAGAUACAUGUACUGAAGAUAUAUGUGUAUUAUAUUGUACAAAAGGUACUCAGAAUUGUAUUGCAUGAAUGUACAUAUCAAUAUUUGCCUUCUUGACAGUUUAUUGUGUGUACAGAGUAAGAGCAAAUGUUUAUAGGGAUAAGUAUAAGUCGAUGUGUCGUCAGAACAGAAUAAGUUAUUGUUUGUCUGGAACAAGCCAUUAAUGUAUAUUUGAGUAAUCAGAGGUUGUUGCACAAUGUAUGCAUCACAUACCAAAAUGUAAAACAAUUAUAUAUAUAUAUAUUGUGCAUUGAACUAAUUUAACUGCAACUUGCUGACUUUUUUUAGUUUUAAAUAAAAUUGUACUACUGAA